AUAUCACACGAUCCUAGAAUACUUGUCAUCAACAUCUCUCUCUUAAACACAUGACAACCUCUUCAGCACACCUCAAAUUCCAAACCCAACCUAUCAAACCCAAACGCCGUCGUUUUCGCGAGACCACCAUCCUCUCCUCCGCCACCAACUCUCCCCCCUCUCCCACCAUGUCUCCCUCCCCAUCAAAUCUCAACAUCCGCUACUCCCCCACCACCAUCUACCAAAUCAUGGACCCCACCACCACCCUCCCCGCUGGCCCCACCCCAGACUACUACCCCUCCUCAUUCUCCAAGUUCAACUCCGCCCUCACCGCCGGCCUCUUAAACCCCAUGUCGCCGCCGCCUUCUUCGGACAAACUGACCCGAUCCAGCCCGACCCUUUUCGAAAUGAUGGCCAAUGAACCCGACACUCUCUCCAGAACUCAAAUCCCAAUCACCCCUAAAUCUAAUUUGCCCGAACGAGAUAAGCAAGCCCUAAUUCAACAGAGAAUUUACAAUCUCUUGUCGUGUCGGAGCCCCGAUUCGCAGUUUAAUGACCCGGAUAGUAGUGAUGUGAAGCUCACAUUGAGCUCUAAGGAUAAUUUGAGUGUGACCAUGAAUGUGCAUAGACAGAUUUUGGUGGCUCAUAGCCGGUUUUUCGCGGUCAAGAUUUCGGAUAGGUGGAGUAAGCAGGUGAAGAACUGUAGUCCGUAUAUUGUGGAGAUUGCGGAUUGUGAUGAUAUUGAGGUGUAUAUUGAGACUAUUAGGUUAAUGUAUUGUAAGGAUUUGAGGAAGAAGCUUUUGAAGGAAGAUGUUCCGAAAGUUCUCGGAAUUUUGAAGGUUUCGGCCGCAAUUGGGUUUGAUGCUGGGGUUUUGUCUUGUUUGGAAUACUUGGAGGCUGCUCCAUGGGCUGAGGAUGAGGAAGAAAAGGUGGCUUCUCUACUGUCAGAGCUACGUCUUGAGGCAGUUGGUGCUGGCGAAGUUUUAAAGAGGGUAUGUGCUGAUGUCACAGCAGGGGUUGAGGAGGGAAAUGAAAGUGAGGAAGUUAUUCUUAAGCUUUUACAUGUAGUUCUUGAAGGGAAAGAUGAGAAAGCUAGGCGAGAAAUGAAGGCACUGGUGUCAAAAAUGCUCCACGAGAAUUCAUCUCAUAAUGAUUUGAGAAAAGAAUCAUUGUAUUCUGCUUGUGAUGGGUGCCUGCAGUUGCUUCGUCAUCACUUUUUACGGGUUGCAGCAGCAGAUUUACAAGAUGCGGGUCAGAUAGCUCGGCAAGCAGAUAAUUUGCGUUGGAUUUUGGACAUUUUGAUUGACAGACAGAUUGCUGAAGACUUUUUGAAAACAUGGGCAGCACAGUCUGAUCUGGCUGAUGUACAUUCAAAAGUGCCUCCUAUUCACAGAUAUGAGAUUAGCACAGUCACAGCUAGGCUGUUUGUUGGAAUCGGAAAGGGCCAGCUAUUAGCUUCAAAGGAUGCUAGGUGUUUACUCUUGAAGACAUGGCUGGUGCCCUUUUAUGAUGAUUUUGGGUGGAUGAGAAGAGCAUCGAAAGGCCUUGACAGGCAUUUAAUUGAGGAUGGCCUUAGUAGUACUAUUUUGACUCUUCCUUUGGCCUGGCAACAAGAUAUCUUAAUGUCUUGGUUUGAUCGUUUUUUAAAUUCUGGCGAGGACUGCCCUAACAUACAGAGAGGGUUUGAGGUUUGGUGGAGGAGGGCUUUCUGGAGACGAAAUGGUGAGCCUGAACGACCACAACAAAUUCGAAUUACAACUGAGAAUUCAUGAAAUUGAGGGGAUAAUCAUGUCAGAGGUGUUACAGGGGCUCUCUCUAUAAUCAUCCUUGGAUCUUGCUGCCGCCUUAUCAUAGUACACUUUUGGUAUUUUCUUUUAUGUUUUGGUGUUUAUCCAUUUCUUCCAUAACUGAGUGCCACGCUUUGUUUGAGCAGAGUUGUUUUGAAGGGAGGUCAUUGAUGUGCAUAAAUUGACAAAUGAUUUGAGUUUAGUGCUUAGAGGGGUCAUUAAUUUGAAGGGAAUCAUGUUCUUUGUAAUCAUUACAAGAAUUCGCAGUUCUCAGGCUUAUAUUGAUUUCAUCAACAAAUCCUGUGCUGCUACUUUAUAAAUAAAAUGAGCUUCCGCCUGCAAAA